AUGGGCCUCGGACGUGGAAUGGAUGCAAUGAAUCUCUUUGGUCGAGAUGUCAAUACAUUUGUCUACAUCUUCAAGACUUUCUUUCCACAACUACAUCAGAUGAUGUCGAAACAUCCACGAGUGGUCCAACUCCUACCAAUCUUUCUGGCCGCCUAUAUGGGAGCUUCUGUUUUCACAAACACAAUUGAGAGCUGGAGGGCCUCUUUGAAAUCCUUUUUGCUCAAAUGCAUGACUUCUUCUGUGACUCUCCGCGAUGGGGAUCGAUUGCAUGACGCACUCUUUCUCUACUUCUGCUCCACUACUCUCUGUUUUCCAAAAUCCCAUUUUGACGCUAUAUCUCUCGAUUUCAUCAAAAACAAAUCGGAUAAAAAAAGCCUUCAAAAUGAACUGACGUUGUCAGGGAAGAUCAAGAACGUCAUUUUCAUCCCCUCACAGUUGGAACAGAUAUUCUUCUAUAAAAGAACAUUGUUCUACUAUACCAAUGAUGGACAAGGUCAGUGUGUUCUCCGAUGUCUGGGCUGGUCGGCAAGGCCGAUUCGGGAUAUGCUAGAGGAACUACUUCAGUCUUAUAAUGUUGAAAAGAGUAAAACCGUUAUUGCAGUAUCCCAUCCUUUCGAAGAUACAACCUCAUGGGCAUGGUCAAUUGAAGUACCUGCAAGGUCUUUGAAAUCUGUUUCGAUGGACGGUCAAGAUAAAUUAUCCCUCAUUGCAGAUGUCGAAUCCUUUCUCAAAGGGCGACAAUGGUAUAAAGAUCGGGGGAUGCCCUGGCGCCGAGGAUAUCUCUUUUAUGGGCCUCCAGGCACCGGCAAGUCAACUACGGUAAUGGCGCUUGCUAGCCAUUUCACUCUUCCCGUCUUUUCACUUCAAUUCCAUCCGACAUUGACCGAUAUGGGUCUGCUAGGAAUGCUUCGAAGAGUUGAUGAUCAGAAUGGCAUCAUCCUCCUUGAAGAUAUCGAUAGUUCUGGCAUAGAGGAUCGACGAGGUGAUUGUACGCAGAAUGAGUUUGCAUCUGCGAUACCGUCGAAGCCUCCCUCGCAAGUCGUAUUCAAGAACACACGUGUGACGCUCUCUGGGCUAUUGAAUGCCCUUGAUGGCCCUUCGUCGCCGGAAGGCGCAAUAUAUAUCAUGACAACCAACCAUGCUAAUCGGCUCGACCCCGCACUUAUACGGCCAGGCCGGAUCGACUAUCGACUCAAAUUCGACCUCGCCAGCCAGGAGCAGGCUCGCAGCAUGUUCCUCCACGUCUAUGGCCCGGCUUCAGCAGAUAUAGCUCCUGAGACACUAGAAGAGCUUGCCUCAACCUUCGCAAGCCAAAUUCCCGAUAAGAAAAUUUCUCCCGCCACGCUGCAGGAUUUCUUCCUCAGGUAUCGCAAUGUGCCGUUACAAGCAGUUGAUGCGGUUUCAAAAUGGGUGAAGGGUCAAGGGAAGAUGAUCCAGGUUGAUAAUGUUGACAAAUGCGGCGAUGGCAAGAAGCUUCUAGCGGGGACAGAAAGGCCUGAAGGAAAUCAUUGCACCACCCAUGAAACGGAGCAGCAAACAGAGACUUUUGGAGAAGGGGCCAGUGGCGGAAGUCUUGAACACGGUGAUCAAGACUAG